UUAAGUAGCAACUAGCAAUUCGUUACUUGGUGUGGGGUGUAGCUGCUUUAUGAGUAAUAUUACUUAAAAUAAAGAUAUUAAGUUAUAAAAACAUAUUAAGUGAUAGUAUAUAAUAAUGGAUGAUCAGGGAAGAAAAGUUAUCGUUUGUGACAAUGGCACAGGUUUCGUAAAAUGCGGAUACGCCGGCAGCAACUUCCCUGCGUUCAUUUUCCCGUCAAUGGUCGGCCGGCCGAUUAUUAGAGCGGAAAAUAAAAUCGGAGACAUUGAUGUUAAGACGUUUGAUCCGGACGUUGUCCAGGAUUUGAUGGUCGGAGAUGAAGCGUCUCAACUGCGUUCCAUGCUCGAAGUCAGUUAUCCCAUGGAAAAUGGCGUGGUUAGAAACUGGGAGGAUAUGUGUCACGUCUGGGAUUACACAUUUGGUCCCAGCAAGAUGAAUAUUGACCCCAAGGACACCAAAAUACUGCUCACCGAGCCACCGAUGAACCCCACUAAAAAUAGAGAGAAAAUGAUUGAGGUUAUGUUUGAGAAGUACGGUUUCGACAGCGCCUACAUAGCCAUCCAAGCGGUGCUCACGCUGUACGCCCAGGGACUGAUAUCGGGAGUGGUGGUGGACUCAGGUGACGGAGUGACCCACAUCUGUCCGGUGUACGAGGAGUUCGCUCUGCCGCACCUCACGCGCAGGCUGGACAUCGCUGGCAGGGACAUCACACGCUACCUUAUUAAGCUGCUCCUCCUCAGAGGGUAUGCCUUCAAUCACUCGGCUGACUUCGAGACGGUGCGCAUGAUGAAGGAGAAACUAUGUUACAUAGGAUACAACGUGGAACAGGAGCAGAGACUGGCUUGGGAGACCACUGUACUCGUUGAACCAUACGUGUUACCAGACGGGAGGGUCAUCAAAGUGGGGGGAGAACGGUUUGAAGCACCCGAGGCCCUGUUCCAGCCGCACCUCAUCAAUGUUGAGGGUCAAGGGAUCGCUGAACUGGUCUUCAACACUAUACAGGCGGCGGACAUAGACAUGAGGAACGAGUUGUACAAACACAUCGUGCUGUCCGGGGGCUCCACCAUGUACCCGGGGCUGCCCUCGCGGCUCGAGAGGGAGAUCAAGCAACUGUACCUGGAGCGAGUGCUGAGGAACGACUCGGAGAAGCUGGCGAAAUUCAAGAUCCGUAUUGAGGAUCCGCCGCGCCGUAAGGACAUGGUGUUCAUCGGCGGCGCCGUGCUGGCCGAGGUGUGCAAGAACAGGGACAACUUCUGGCUCACCAGGAGCGACUACAUGGAACAGGGCAUUUCCUGUCUCCGCAAGCUCGGGCCUCGCGCGACUUAAUCCUCCUCCAAUACUUAAUGUCGUAUGAGCCUCAGUUGUUAAGGUCCGUGUGUGAUGUACCCAGGCCGCGGGCUCCUCAUCAGUAAACCCGCUCACUUAACCAUCAUCUACUUUAAUAUUCCUUGAGAGCUAGAUUUUUCUAGAACACUAUGAAUUGUCUAAUCGCUGUAUUUGUUUAAGACUGUUUUAUUUUUUGCAUUUAAAGUAUUCUCUCGUAUCGUCUCUAUUGGGUCUGAGAAUUGUAAAAAAAUAUUCAAAUAAAAUUAUAAUUAUGAUUGUA